CCUGAUCCUGAGCCGCCCCCGGGCUUCGAUCCUCCGCCGCAGCCGCCGCCGCCGCCGCACCCCAGCAAGGAAGCCCAACGCGCGCGCCCCAUCGCCAACCCCUCCGGCGUGUUCAUGCCCCCGGGGCCUCCGGGAGCACCAUGGCCCGAGCACGCCAGGAGGGCAGCUCCCCUGAGCCCGUAGAGGGCCUGGCCCGCGACUGCCCGCGCCCCUUCCCGCUCCGCCGCAUGGUGCCCUCGGCCGUGACCUGCGGCCUGUGCCAGCCCGGCCUGCCCGCCGCCCCCGCCGCCCCGGGGCUGCUGCCCGCCGCCUACCUCUGCACCCCCAGCGCCCCGCCCGCCGUCACCGCCGCCCUGGGGGGCCUCCGCUGGUCUGGGGGUCCCCGCAGCCGGCCCCGAGGCCCGCGCCCCGACGGUCCUCAGCCUUCACCGUCGCCCGCGGAGCAGCCGCUGGAGUCGCCCGUGCCCAGCGCCCCGGGUCCCCUGGCGGGCGGCCCCACCCAGGCGGCCCCCGGAGUCCGCGGGGAGGAGGAGCAGUGGGCGCGCGAGAUCGGGGCCCAGCUGCGGAGGAUGGCGGACGACCUCAACGCGCUGUACGAGUGGCGGAGGCAAGAGGAGCAGCAGCGGCAUCGCCCCUCGCCCUGGAGGGUCCUGUACAAUCUCAUCAUGGGACUCCUGCCCUUGCCCACGGGCCGCGGCGCCCCCGAGAUGGAGCCCAACUAGGUGCCUGCACCCGCCCAGCGGCCGUUGGGAUUUCGGGGGGCAGGACCCUCCCACCUCCUGACGCCCCGGCCCGCGCGGGGAGACUUUUCCUUGCACCACGGAGCGAAUGGACUCCCAGCCCGGCCUGGCCCGUCCCGGGGGCGGCCGGCGGGCGCAGCCUCGUGGCCGACA